AUGGAAUUGGAGAGCGUAGCAUCUGAUGGCAAGAAGAUGAAAAACUUGAUGUUGACAUCAUGUGAAAAGAAGGAACACAAAUCUGAAGGUGAAGAUCCUAUGAGUUUGCUGGUCAGGAGGUUCGAUCGAGCCUUGCGAAAAGUGGAGCAGGGGCAAGGUCAAAGAAGGUUUAUGCUUGCUGAAGAAGAUUUUGAAGAAGACAGUGAGGAUGAAGAGGUUGUGAACAACUUUGUCUCCUGUGUGGGGAUCAUAGAGGUUGAAGAUGGAAAUUCUGGUUCUGAAUAUGAUGGAGAUCAUGAAGAUGAGCUUGUUGAAAGCUACAAGGAAGUAAGAGAGACUCUCAUCAUAUUGGGUCAUGAGAAUCUUGCUCUGAUCACGGAGAAGCAGCGACUUGAAGCACUUGUUGAAACGCUGCAGACUGAACUACAGGCGGAACGAAUACUCAGUCAGGAAAGUGUACUGCUUUUAAAGGAGAAACUCAACCUAGCUGUCAAGGCAGUCAAUCUGGAGAAGGAACUACGCGCUGAGAAGAAGAUAUCCACCGAACUUCAGUCACAACUUGAUCUACAGUAUAAGAAGAUUCGCAUGUUUGCUGGUACAAGGCAGUUGGAUAAGUUUCUGUCUUAUGGAAGGACUGAAGGCGUUCACAGAGGUCUAGGAUACACUGGAAGGGAUGUCUCAGAAUCUAAAGACAUCAAGUUUGUGGCUACUAGUGUGCCAUCACAUCCUAUUCGCAGAACUGAAGGUACUGUAGUACAAAGAACUGGAGUUAUCACAGCACAUAAAACUGGAUGUUACUUUUGUGGAAGGCAUGGACACAUAAGAGCUUUCUGCUACAAGUACUGGGAAAGGAUCAGACGGCUCAGAUAUGAAGGGAAAUUCAAUUGGAAGGGAUAUCGUAACCAGAUUUGGGUGAGAAAAUCUGACUUGAGGUCUUCUACUGCAAGACGAGUUUCAGAUAAUCCUUCAGGAGUUGGAUUUCAGUUACACGACAGAGUAGUUCACAUGGAAAAUGAACAAGAACAGCCAGUAGCCAGAAGCAGAGAGCAGCAAACUGGUACAGAGGGGCAGACUGGGUCAGAGGAACAAUCUGUCACAGAAGAAGAGUCUAAUACAGAACAAAAUAUAGAACUUCAUGUGCCUCGGAAUCAUUCAGCAUCCGAUCUCAUCAGUGAUGUGAAUGAAGGGAGGAAAACCAAGGGAGCUAAGAAGGACUAUCGACGAGCUGAGUAUGUGCUGCGAGCUGUGUGCUACAUCAAUUUCUGUGUACCUUUGCCGCACAAGAAUGUGUUGCAGUGUUCCGAAGAGUUUUCAAAUUUUCCUCCUGAUCUGUGUCAUUGGUUUAAGAUGAUAGAUCUUAUCGGGAAAAAGGCAAAAGCUGAGAUUCUUCUAUGUCUCAGUCGCCUGCAUCAGGUGUUGAAGCAAAUGCUUGUGAGACACAAAGCUAAAAAGGGGGAGAUUGAAGAUGCAACUGUUGUACUAGUGACCUGUAGCUGGCGUGAAGUACUACAGGCGGUUGUACGAGCGGACUAG